UUCACCUUUUUCUCUCUUCUUCUUCUUAAAUCUUUAAUGUUUUCGGAUUCAGCUUUUAUACAUUCUAGGGUUUAAAAAAAAAAAAAAUCUCUACAUAAUCUCUUUUUUGUUUUGAUAUAUGUAGAGACUAGAGAGAGAGAAUGAGGCAGCCGACACAUGUAUGCUUUGCAUGAAAGAGAGAGAGAGAGAUUUAAUUAAGCUUGUUUUAUUAAAUUUUCAAGCUGCAAUUUUGAGUUUUAUCUCCUAACCUUUGUUUCUAGAUUCAGUUCCUUUUAAAAAAAAAAACUAAAGCUGGGACAAUCAGAGAUGAAACCCUAACUUGCAGUGUCCGUACUUAGAUUUAUACUUUCCUUUUAUGGAUUCAUCGAUCAAGUCUUUGUUAGUUGCUGUUUAUCCCCAGAUUUGAUUUCAAGUACCUUCGAUCUGUACUUAUGUCUUUCUCUCUUUUUUUUUUUAAUCUUUUUUUUUUCAUCGGUUUCUGGACUAAUUGUCUUUUUGUUUUUCUUCUUCCUUUUUGUUUGUUUUGUUUUGAAAAACAUAUUUCAUGCUUAGAUAUUAUAAUCAGAUAAAUUAUGUGCGUGUAUAUAUGAUGUUGAUGGGGGAAAAGAAGUUGACAGAAGAGAGUGAGCACACAAAGGGGAAGUUGUAUAAACUUUUUGUAUAUGGUUUGCUUUUGCGUGCUCACUCUCUUUCUGUCAUAACUUCUCCUUCAUGAAUCUUCCUUUAUACGAUUGUUUUAGCUAGUCAUUUUGUGUUCAUAUCUGUCUUGUGCAUACCAAAAGUAUGCAUACAUAUAUGUGAAGGUGUGCAUAUAGACUAUUAGGAAUAGAUUAAAGUUGUCAUAAGUAUCUCAUAUAUAGAAUUAUAUUUGAUGUUUAUAUUCAAUUGGGUAAGAUUUUGUUGAUCCAUCGUGGUUAGACUCGUAGGAAUAGGAUGUAUGUAUUCUUAAGUAAAUUAUAUGUUGUUAUCACUUGAAACAAACACAUUUUUUUUGCAGACUCUAGCACAUAUGAUGUCUCAAGGCUCAACUUCUAAAGGUGAGUCAAAGUUAUGCAGAUUGUACUUGAAUCCAUGGAAUCAGAUUGGUUUUUGGAGAAAAAGUUUGGAGUUGAUGUGCUCAGAAUCAUGGGCAUUGUAGUUUCCAUGUAAGUUAUGUGAAUAUUUAUGAUUUCUAAAGUCUUUACUAGAUAUGUGCAAUCAAAAGGGAUAAUCAGUUAAAAGAUAAGUGGAAGCCAUCAAAGAAAAAUCUUGGGUUUGAUGACUUGAGUAUAGGAGCUUAUCUCCGAUCAAUGUGGCAAAGAAAAUGAUUAUUGUGUAGCAAAGGAAAACUUGUAUGAGCUUUUGAUUAUUCUAUACCGCUAAUUAAGUUCUAGUUGGGCCUUGACUAAAAUAUUAGAUGAAUAGUUGGGAAUAGUGGCAAAUGGUGGGUAUAAGGGAAAACACUUUACCUAGAGUUUUAUAAAAUAAUCAUAAAAGUUCGUGAACUGGUUAUAGUAAAUUAGUAAUGUUUCAUUUCUUUUUCUAGAUAUAUAUAUCUUUAGUUCAUUCAUUGUGGAAUCAUUUGUCGAAAGUGUGAGUAUUUACUUUGGUAUCUAUGCUCGAAUAAGAUUAUACUGUUUGAGCAUUUAAUCUCUCUCUCCCUCUAUAUACGUGUGUGCAGUAAUCUGUAUGCAUAUACAACUGUUGACGUUUUUCAUAGGUAUGAUGAUGACUCACAUAUGUGUUAAAACGAUAAAUAUGGAUAUCUAUUUUGUUUUCUCGUGUACUUGUUCAGAGGACGGAAACAAGAACACUCUGUAAAUUUUGGAAUGUGUUAUGAAAGAAGUACUGUCGUCUUUGUGUCCAAUUGUGUACAUUGUGGCGCAACAUAAACCUACAAGCCCCUUUGAUUUCCCAUUGUACUUCAUCUCAUCAUCUUUUAAUUUCUCUUUUGAUAUUGUGUUUACAGUUUCUGUGCCAGUUUGUUGCAAACUCCUUGCAUAUAUAGUAAACCUAUUCAAUGUCAAGAUAAAUUUAAUAGGUAGUGGAAAUUGCAAGUUUAGGAGUAUUCGAUAUUAUCAGUGGGAUAUGUUUGUGGCAUGCUGUCUAGCCACUUGAGCUUGUUCGUUAUACCAACUUCUUUUUCUUUUCAUUUACUAGUAUGCUAUCAUUUUGUUUCCGCGUA